AUGAGCUGUAAUUAUGAUGAAACUCUUCUAAAUGAAUAUAAAAUAACCAUUUAUAAUAAGGAUUAAGAGGAUUAAAUUAAUAUAGCUGGAAAUUCACUUAUACCUCUAUAAGAUUAAUUUGAGAAAAUACAUAUAAUCAAAGUUUGCUAUAAAAUUGAUUAUUUUAUGAAUUUUGUUUAUCUAAAUCAGCAAUAAUAAUAAUAAUAAUAAUAAUAAUAGAAGAAUAUUUCUAGCUACGAUUGCUAAUAUAAUGGUUUAUCUUUUUAGCUUAAUCAAAAAACAUAAAAAUGCCCUAUCUCUGAUAUUAAAUUUUCAAAAGAAAAAAACAUUGAAAAUUAUGAAAAAAUGCCAAUUGAAUUUAAAGAUAAUUUUAGCUUUUUUAUAAAAAGAAAUGAUAGUAAUUCUACUCCUUUAGUAGGAUUAUUUCUUUAAAAAGAUGAAUUUUAUGGAUUGAGAAAAACUGAUCUUACAUUUGACUCAGUUAGCUUAUGUAAAUUUGAUUAAUAUACACUUUUAUGUGAACAAAAUCAAUUAGAAUUAGCUCAAUAUUCUCUUUAAUUAGAAAAUCAAAUACCUUAUACUCCUUUUUGCAGUUUUAAUUAUGAAGAGUUUAAUUAAAAUAGUAAUUAUUUCGUAGCUAUAGCUUUUAUAGGGCUUGUUUUUUGUUUUUUAUCUCCUAUAUAAAUUUUUGCAUUAGAUUGGAAAGAUUAAUAUCCUUUUGGAUUUGCUAGCAUAAUAUAUAUGAUAAUUCAUGAAUACUGCGCUUAUAAUACUUUAUCAAGUUGCCUUAAUAGCAUUGGGUGGAGUUGCUUACUUGAAAGUCCUUUGAAAAGUGAACUUUAAUGGAUAGAUAGUUAUGUUAGCUAUUUUGAAAUUAAAAUAGCUUUUUCAUUUUGUUUUUUAGUAGCAUGUUUUGUUGCUAUUAAACUUAUAAAAAAAGCUUGA